AUGUCCUUAGACCAGUCCUGGCUCCCUCCUGCCGUCCUAAUAGAUGGCAACAGUGUUUUGUGCAGAAGCCCAGAGCAGAUGACCGGAGUGGGUGAGCCUCUUCAUGUUGAGAGCCAUGAUGCACUGCUGAUGGCUGUCACUCUGCUGCCUGAUUACUGCAACAACACUCAGCAGGAACUAGUCUCGGUCAGCAACAGCGGCAUCCCGUACGUGGAAUAA